AUGGGGCGGAACAGGAAGGAGUCAGGCUAUCCGACGGCGGCUCUAGAGGAGGAGCAAGAAGAGGCGGAGGAACAUACUGAGGAGGGCGACGACCAAGAGGGGGAGGAACAGACGGAGGAGGGGUCUGGUGCGGAGGAUCAGGCCGAGGCUGAGGCGGAGACGCCGGCACAGGAAGCAGUGGAGCCGCCGAAGCUGGCCGAGGGCUUCUACGAGAUUGAGGCCAUCCGCCGCCGCCGCCUCCGCAAGGGCCAGCUUCAAUACCUCGUCAAGUGGCGUGGGUGGCCGGAGAGUGCGAACACAUGGGAACCCCUUGAAAACCUGAAGGCCUGUUCCGACAUUGUUGAUGCUUUCAAUAAGCGGUCAAGGUCGCCCAGGUCCUCUCGAAAGCGAAAGCGUAAGACUGCAACAUCUCCAACAUCCGAUCCUAACCCUUCUCAUGGCAAACGUGGCCGACCACCUCGGUCGGAGGCCCGGAGCAUGCAAGGCAUACAUGCCUCAGAAGUGAAGAAACUGCCCUGCAGGACAAGUAGUAGGAGAGCAAAUAAUAAUAGUAACAAGACCUCACCUGGGGGCCUUGAUGCAUCAGUGAACUUGCUUGGGCAAAGAGUAGUACAGGAGGGUAGUUCUGGUGUGGUCUCAGUUGGGUUUCUGUCUCAAGGGGCUCCUUUAUCUGUUAGCUUGACUGACCAACAAGAUGUGCAGCACCCUGCUAAUGGUUCAUUGAAGGUGGACAAUUCAAUACGAGCAACCCCACCUCAGGGUGGACAGGUGACAGGUGCCAAGAAGCGCAAGUCUGGAUGUGUCAGAAGGUUCAAGCAGGAUGAAGUAACACAGGAGCAAGGAGAUAUCCGUGAUCGCACGAGUGACAAGCCAGGCAAUGAGACUGUUGAUUCCACAGAAGGAGAAACUGGUGAUAAGAACAAGGGGGAGGACUCUGGUAACCAAAUUCAUAUGCCUAAGAUCAUUAAGAUCAUCAAGCCAGUUCGCUAUUUUGCCACAGUUAUGGAUGGUGUGCAGCAAGUUGCAAUAACAUUCAAGGCACUCAGGUCUGACGGAGAGGAGGUAUUCGUGGAUGACAAGCAGUUGAAAGCUAAGGAGCCCCUGGUGCUUAUUAAUUACUAUGAGCAACACCUUCGCUAUAACCCCACCUCGUGA